UGGCUUUUCUGUCGUCUGUCACUGAGCUGUCCAGAACAGUUAUGACCUCACGGCUUCUAGCUACUAUCUAGUGAAGGUGUGUGACAGAGAGAGAGAGAGAGAGAGAGAGAGAGAGAGAGAGAGAGAGAGAGAGAGAGAGAGAGAGAGAGAGAGAAAAAGUGAGUAGAGAAGAAGGAAAGGAAAAGAAAGGUGGAAAGAAAAACAGUGAUUCAAGUCCAACAAGUGUUGGAGAGACAGGGAAGUAGAGAGCAGAAAAGAAAGUGAUAGGGAGAGAGCGCGCAAGAGUGACAGCAUCGGAAAACCAACUGAGAGGGAGAAAACGAGAUAAAGACAGAGAGAGCGAGACAGGCAGUAAGAGGCAAAAAAGAGAGAGAGAGAGAACUUCCAGCAGAGACAGCAGGGUUUCUCCCCAGAUUAUGGUGACACAGGGCACAUGGAUUUAGUCGAGUUGUAUCUGCCGGAGUGCUUCACCUACCACUCUGACACUGAACUCUUGGACAGGAUGUCAGUGCGGGGCUCAGACCUCCCCUGUCCCCCCUCUAUCAAGCGCGAGCCAUCCAGCCCCAGCCCCAGCUCCCAGGGGGACAUCAGCCCUCCUCAGCCCAGCCCAGGGAGCUCCUCCUCAGACACCAACUCCAGCUACGGCCUCCUGGGCAAGAACCACAACCACACCAACGAACUCAACUCACCAGGUCUCUACGGACACACAGCUGGGGUAUCCAGCGACGGAGGAGCCAACAGGAGGUUUGGUGGAGAGGAUGGCCAGGUGAAGUGUGAGUUCAUGCUGGGCUCCGUGGCCAAGCGCCUGUGUUUGGUGUGUGGGGACGUGGCGUCAGGAUACCACUACGGAGUAGCCUCCUGUGAGGCCUGCAAGGCUUUCUUCAAGAGGACCAUCCAGGGUGAGACACGCACACAUUUCCGACUCAGGAUCUCCAUACAGCCGCUCUGCAAUACACUCGUCUGGUCUGCCGGCAAAAGCGAGGAGGGAAUCUGGAUGGAGAGAGAUGGGGAGGCAGAGAGGGAGAGAAAAGAGAAAUGGGGAGAUUGUUAAGUGUAAGUCUGCUGAGAGAGAGCAGCUACUGUCCCCUGAAGGACAGACCUUUAACACAGGUUCAUACACCCCCAGAGAGUAGGAAUCAUUCACACACACACACACACACACACACAUUACUGAUGCACCGACACACUACACAUAAAUGCAUACAUUCAAACUAAAUACAUGACUUUAACCCCUCCCCCCUUCCCCCCCACCUCCCACUUCCUACACACACGGAUAAACACAGAUUUUAGCGAUUUAAGCAAAUGAUCAUGUUUAUACAGUCCAUGAAAUGUGAAAAACCUGUUUUGAAAAGCAUUACUACAGGUGUUAGUCGGAGCGUAUGUUUAUGUGUAAACAUCUGAUGGGAGUUCACAGUCAUGUUCUGGGAACUCUUUGAAGACGUUACCUGAUGUUUGCUCACAGCUCUUUCUAAGUUAAUGUUGUGUUGAAGUUGAUCCGUGUUGGUUUUUGUGCAUAAUCAUGGAAGUAAUCCUCUCUGUGUAAGUUUGUUAGUGUGCGUCUAAGCCAUAACCAACUUAUGCAAGCCGCAUGUGGGUGUUUUAAAGUGAUUGUCCGGCCUGUGGCCCUGUGCCAGGGGUCAAGAGUUGGGGUUAGGGUUAAGCCCCGUUUAGGCCUUCUAAAGCAGACUCAUAUGGGCUGGGGUUGAAGGUCAUCUGGGCUGUCAGAUCAAAUGCUUAGUUCUGGUGCUUGGCUGAU